AUGGCCCAAGUAUCCGAUACCGAAAAUCAAUAUUCCUCGUGGCUGGCAUCAGUGGAUCUUCCAGUUUUGCCGCUGGUGGUGAUUAUUGCCAUCGCCACCAUUGUGACCGUCAUUACCACCAUCGUCUCCGCCAUCACCACCAUCGUCACGACCAUUAUCGCUACCCUCAUCACCAUCACCACGUUCAUCACCACCAUCGCCACUACCGUGUUCGCAACCAUCAUCGGUACUGUCACCGUCAUCACCACCAUCAUCGCCGCGAUCACCACGAUUACCACUACUCUCGUCACCGCCGUGACCACCGUGACCGCCACCAGCAUUAUCGCCGUCGCCGCCAUCGUCACCCUCCUAGUCAUGAUCGCCACCGAGUGCACCGCCGAGGACAGGGAGAGGCGAAAGUAUCGGUGUCGGUCAAGCCUCGGAGGGACAAGGCUGACGAACACGCGGCACCGACGGGAGUGA